GUUUCGGCUUCGCCAUGCUGAUGGCAAACACGCUGACCGUGACUGACGGCAGCUGGCUGGUGCACCGCAACAACGAGUUCCGCACCGCCUACGUUGUGUACGUGGCUGCCCACUACGGCAUGGCGUUCCGCGAUCAGAGUGUGUGGUCGAUACUUGACAACAACUUCACUUAUGGCUCGUACUCAUCUACCAUUGCAAAUAUGACAACCAAGUGGUCACCACCAUCCGACACGCGCCCGACCAUCUACGGUGUGUGCAACGAGGCAAUGGGCUCUCCUGUGACGAAUUACCAAGACGACCUCAAUAUUUGGACGCCCGUGACGGUGUUGGACUGUGGCGUGUGCAUCGUGGACGCCGUGUGCUUUGCAGCGAGGACGAGCAGCAUCAGCGGCUGUGAGUGCGUGUGCGCUGCUGGCGGCUACGGUGACACGUGUCUGCCGGCUGCGGUUCCGGACGGCCUUGGACCGCUUCCGCUCCCCGACGCGAAGGACACGGAGGUCCGCUGCGUGCACGGUGGCAGCAUCAGCUCCGUGUACGUUCCUGAUCCCGGUGUGCGUGGUCUGUGCUUUGUCAACGUGACCUUCACCGCCGCGAUUGUGCUGGACCUGUCGUAUUUUGACGCGCCACAGCAUACACUGAACAUCACGCUGCUGCAGUGCGUCCUCGUGGGCCUGUCGAUCAGGGGGAGUGGUGCGCGUGUGCACGUGGACGUGACUUCUUCGAUGUUGGAUUCUGGUGAGUUGGUGUUUCAGGGUGAUUUCGGCGCGAGCUCCCAGAUAUUGGUGGUGGGCUGUACGCUUGUGACGACGUCGGGCCACGCCAUUUCCUUUGCGAAGUUUACUCUCAGUGCGAAUAUGACGCUGCUGCUACUUGACAACUACAUUGGGGCGGAUAGGUACGCGGUCUAUUUCAUCAGUGUUGUUGUUGAUGGUGGCGGGAUCAUUGUGAAGGGAAAUACGCUGAGGACAACGGAGGACGAUGACGGUUUGGAAUCAUCUGUUUGCGUUAAUGCCGUUGGAGUGAAGAACGGCGGCUACUUUGACGUGGAGAACAACACGAUGAGCUCGGUCAAUGGCGUUAUUCUUUUUGGGGAUACUACCGUGAGCUCCGCGGGGCUGCUGCGAGUGGCAGACUGCACCUUUGUUGACGGGACGGAAAUUUUUGAUUCCGCGCUGGUGUAUUUGUCUGGCUCGGCGACCCUUGAGGGAGGUGCGCAGUGGCGUGUGGAGGGCAACAUCGUAGGUGCAGCCUCAGUAUUAACUAUUCCGUACCCCCAGUACAAGAUUAGGUUAUCGGGCAGCGGCACCACCGUGGCGCUUGCACACAACCGUCAGGUGGACAAUAGUUAUCCCUUCGCUGAUUUUUCUCCGCCAGACACGAUUGUUGAGUUACCUGCGCGGUUUGUCGUUGGGUGCAACCUGCAGGGCGAUGAGGAGGUGUCGUACGACGAUGUGUUUCCGGAGGAGGUGGAAGUCUUCAGGUGUGGCACAUGCAACGAAGAUGCGGCGUGCUACAUGCCCGGGACGGAGUUGGUGGACCGCAGCUUGUGCUCGUGCAGCUGCAAGGACGGAUGGCAUGGCGCGUCGUGUCUUCCCUUCGAGGUGCCCGACACGGUUGUGCCGCCCGUGGCGGAGAGAGCCGUUGACGGCGACACGAGCUGCAUGGUGAACCAGACGCUGACGAACGUUACGCUGAACAUGUGGAAGACGCAACACUGCUACGUGGGUGUGACAUUCAGCGGCGUGGGUG